GAUUUGACUGACCAGCGCUGAAAAGACAACAGGGAGCUGUUAGCGUAUUAUCACUUAGCGAAAAAAAAUAUUGGUAAACUAUUCAAUUCGCGUUUAAUGCUGAGGAACUGUCACAAACAAACUUACCUGUACUGUCUGACGGUAAGUGCGUCAUUAUUUGACACCUGUAACUUGACAGACAUAUAUUUUUUAAGUCUGCCAACAUUGAAUUCAUGCUGCUGUCGAACAGGAGUUGUGAGCUCCUCCAUGUCUCACCUGAAGAAUGGAUUAAUUAUUUCUAGGUACAAUGUUUUGCUAACUUUCGCUGUGUUGAUAUUGCUGGUCGGACCGUUUACGGCUGCGUACACUGACGUCAUGUCCUCAAAUAAGUAAUGAUAUUUAUAGUAAUGUCUUGCAGAAAAUUGGCAGUUUUAUAAACAUAAUGCACAUACAUAAUUCAACAGUCAGCCAUUUUCGUCUUAAAAUGUUUUUAAAAAGAUGCACUAACAGUGUGGAACAUUUUGAGAUAUUUGUACUUGUUUUCUACACGGACAUUAUUUACGGGAGCACAUUCUGACAGCUGAUUUGAGUUGUGAAGACGUGUACUUUCCGUACCCAUUUAGCCGACUAAAUAGUUAAUUUGCGUUUAUAUUAUACAGAAUAUUACGUAUAUUUACUUGACACUGUUUAGCGUUAAUAGUUGUCGUAAUGGCGACAGUAGAGGAACUGAAGCUGCGAGUGAGAGAGUUGGAAAAUGAAUUGAUAAAGUGUAAGCAGAAGCAGUGUGCCAUGGAGGAUGCUCAAAACCAAGAACUCUACAGACCGAAGAUUGACAAAAUGAGCGCCGAAGUUGUGGAUUCCAACCCAUACAGUCGUCUAAUGGCUUUAAAGAGAAUGGGCAUCGUGGAUGAUUAUGAGAAAAUCCGGUCAUUCACAGUUGCUGUGGUUGGUGUUGGGGGAGUUGGCAGUGUGACAGCUGAAAUGCUCACUAGAUGUGGCAUUGGUAAGUUGCUCCUCUUUGACUAUGAUAAAGUGGAGCUGGCCAACAUGAACAGACUGUUCUUCCAGCCUCACCAAGCAGGCCUGAGUAAAGUGGAAGCUGCAGAACACACGCUCAGGAGCAUCAACCCUGAUGUGUCAUUUGAGACCCACAACUACAACAUCACCACAAUGGAAAAUUUUACACAUUUUAUGGAGCGCAUCAGUUGUGGAGGGCUGGAAGAUGGGAAGCCAGUGGAUUUGGUCCUGAGCUGUGUGGACAACUUUGAGGCCAGAAUGGCAAUCAAUACAGCCUGUAAUGAACUUGGUCAGAUCUGGAUGGAGUCUGGUGUCAGUGAGAACGCUGUAUCGGGACACAUCCAGCUCAUCAUUCCUGGAGAGACAGCAUGCUUCGCUUGUGCUCCUCCUCUGGUGGUGGCAGCUAACAUCGAUGAGAAGACCCUGAAAAGGGAGGGUGUGUGUGCUGCCAGCUUACCAACAACAAUGGGCGUGGUCGCAGGAAUCCUGGUCCAAAAUGUCCUCAAGUACCUGUUGAAGUUUGGCACUGUCAGUUAUUAUCUUGGCUACAAUGCCAUGCAGGACUUCUUUCCCACCAUGGCCAUGAAAGCCAACCCCCAGUGUAAUGACCGCUUCUGCAGGAGACAACAGGAAGAGUACAAGAAGAAAGAAGCAGAACGGCCAAAGGUUGAAGUUGUACAGGAAGAGGAGGAGGAGGUUGUACACGAGGACAAUGAGUGGGGUAUUGAACUAGUAUCAGAGGUAACUGAAGCGGAGUUAGAGGCUGCAUCGGGCACUGUGCCUGACCUCCCUGAAGGCAUUACUGUGGCUUACACCAUUCCAGCUGAGGAUAAAGCAAGUGGGGAGACAGUGGAGGAGACUGAACAGAGCCUAGAAGACUUGAUGGCUCAGAUGAGAAAGUUGUAGGCAACAAUCUGAAUAUGCGAUGAGAUAUGCCUUUUCUCUCAUGUCUAUUCCAUUACUUUGAUAACAAGCAUCCUCAUCAAAGAGCCAAUUGACACAGUUAAUUCUUCUAACAGCUGAAGAACAGAAACGCAUGAAAAGUGCUUCUAAUGACAUUUCACACAACACAAAAAAAAUGCAAAAGCAGUGAAAUGUGUAAUUUGCUGGCAUACUGGGAAGGUGUUUAGCACUUGGAGUUGGUACAGUCUCUUAUAAAAUGUAUAUAAACCUAGAUAAUAUCACUAUUAGUGCAUUAACAUGUAUCACAAUGUGUAUUUUCUACGGUUUUGAUCAGUGAAUGAGUGUCCCUACCUUUAAAUGUAUGUGCCAUUCAUUCAGCUUUAAGAAAACAUCUGCUGCAACAGAUUCAGACAUUUAAACAUGUUUAAUUUGUCUCAAUAAAGUAUUUAUUAGAUGGAAUAACAUCUUCUCAAAA